UUCACAUCCCAGCUUUCCAGCAACUCGCUUGCUUCCUCUGGGCCGGCCGCCUCCGCCCUACUCCUCCGCCGGCGCCGUCGCCGCCGACCGCAGCCUCCUCCCGCCGGCCGCCGUCUAUUUCCCGGACGGGAAGGAAGCCUUCCCCGUAGGCGUCCGCCCGCCCGUCCUCCUCCCCCCAUCCGCCUCCACUCUGCUGGACUGGCGUGGAGCGAGCGAGGUCCCUCCCCUCUUCCUUCGCUGCCCUUCGCCGUGCCGAGGAAAUCUGGAACUUUAAGUUGAGCUUUGGUACUCUUGGAUGGAGUUCUCAUCAAGUGAAGACCAUGAUCUUGUUGAAGAUUUCAUGGAUGUUGAGGAUGAUACAGGCACCACUGAUGUUGAUCAAGGAACUAGUGUGAUGUCUUCCCAGAUUCAUUGCAUUGAUCCUUCUGAGGGAUCCAUGUCGACUGCUGUAAAUGAGCUGCUUCCGGCAGCUGACGAGCUGGGCAAAAAUGCGGAACCGUACUUGGGCAUGGAAUUUACGUCUGAUGCAGCUGCACGUGCAUUCUACAAUGCGUAUGCACUAGGCCUUGGGUUCGGCAUUCGUGUUGCCCGGUCCCGCAGUGAACGGCGAAAAGGUACCGAGGUACUUGUUAUGAAGCGUUUUGUGUGCAUGAAAGAGGGACAUCACAAGAAGAAGAAGGAUGUUGACUCUAGCAACAAGAAAAAGAGGAAGCGCCUCUCUAUACGGGAAGGCUGCCCAGCAAUGAUGGAGGUGGUGAGGAGGGGCCCAGAAAAGUGGGUCAUCACGAAGUUGGUGCUCGAGCACACUCAUGUCAUUGUUAGCCCAGACAAGGUGCGGGAGGUCCAGCUCCUUCGCCUCUCUGGGAAGGAGCAUGCGGACCAAUUGCAGGAGGCGCGGAGGAAUGUGUUUGGAGACACAGGUGCAUCUGGUCUCUUCACCUACCUGAUGAGAAGGCAGUCGGAGAACUCUGGUUUUUUCUAUAACGUACAAGUUGACGGUAGAAACUGUUUGAGGAAUGCAGUUUGGGUUGAUGCAAGAUCUAAAAUGUCAUACAAGUACUUCGGAGAUGCUGUUUACUUCGACACUACUUAUACUCAAAACGUAAAUAUGUUGCCUUUUGCUGCUUUCACAGGCAUGAAUCACCAUGGUGAUUGUGUUGUUUUUGGUUGUGCGCUUAUCUUGGAUAAGACAGAAUCUUCAUAUGCUUGGAUUUUUGAGACAUGGCUGACAGCAAUGGAUAAGCGGCUGCCAUUUUCAUUUACAACAGAUGAAGGCAAAACAAUGACAGAGGCAGUUGCCAAAGUAUUUCCUCAAUGUUUCCAUCGUCUUUGUAGAUGGCGAGUUCUUUCUAAAUGCAAGAAGAAAUUAUCUGAUGUCUACAUGAGAUUUCCUGAGCUCCAUAACGAGUUAAAAAGAUGUGUCAAUGAGUGUGAUACCGUGCCUGUUUUUGACAUGUUCUGGGGUUCUAUUCUCGACAAGUAUGGUCUGAGGGAGAACACUUGGUUGCAAUCACUGUUUGAAGCAAGACAUAAAUGGGUUCCUGCGUACCUAACAAGCUCCUUCUUUGCAGAAUUGUCACUGACCCGUAGAGCAGAAACGAUCAGUGGGUUUUAUAGGAAUAACUUCAGUACAAGAGCUCCCCUCCUUUCUUUUAUCACUACAUUUGAUCAACACAUAGACAGAUUGUAUAUGAAUGAAGCUCAGAAAGAUCUUGCCUUGUUUCCUCCUGAACAACUCCUGAAAACCAAUUCAAUCUUGGAAAAACAAGCAGCGAGCAUCUACACCAGGGCUGCAUUUGAAUUUUUCCAAACGGAGUUGAUUGAAUCACUGCAUCACUAUGCUGUGAAGGUUGAGGAAAGCCCUUAUGAAGCCAAGUACUAUGUUGAAAGAGACGGUGAUCCUCCUACCAGGCACACUGUUGUCUACAAUGUUGCCGAGAAGAAGGCUUGGUGUGACUGCUGCAGGUUUGCUUUCUCGGCGAUAUUGUGCAGGCAUGUGCUGGGAGUAUUCAUCUUGGCUGACAUCGACAUGAUUCCGGAGCCAUGCAUCACGAAGCGAUGGACAAAAAAGGCAAAGACAGGGCCAGUGUUUGUUGGACGCAUCCUUGAAGAUGAAAACCGGCACACAGAUUCUGUGACUUCGAGGUUCAGUGAUCUCGUUCGCGACGCCAUGAGGUGUGGAGAGAAGGGAGCUCUAUCAGAAGGCUCCUUCAAAUUUGCAAAGGAAGUACUGCGCAAAGCCUAUAGAGAAAUAGAUAAACUGACCAAGGCUGGUCCCCAGCAAGUUGGCAACAGAUAACAUCAGUGGCCUUGAACAUUGCUACCAAGGAUGAAAACAUGGUCUAUUUCUGCUGUGCUACCAUGAGCAAGAGCUUGCGCUUGCCGCCGUACCAUGUCAAUGACCAAUGGCACUUUACCUUGUAAGUUGAUGCUGUAAAUCCAAUCCUAUUGACCUAGUGUUGGCCAAGUGAUGAGUGCUGGCUGCUGCUGCUGCUGCUGCUUGCGAUGUCACAACACAAACACUGGCAACUGAGUUACGUUGGAAGGAGGGCUCUCUUGAGAGUGGUCGACAUCAUCUCUUAAAGAGUGCAGACUAAUCACUCGUAUAUUGCUGAUGAGAGAGUAGGACGAGUGAAGCCUGCCGAAGGAGUGGAGCUGUGCCUCUGCCCUUCUCAAGGGAAGGCAGCUCAGAUACUUGCUGACCACCUGCCAAAGGAGCACUCGGGUAGUUAACCGUGCCUGGAGCAUCCAUCGUCGGAGUCGUUGUGUGGCGAAGACCCCAUGCCUCAUCUAGGGUGCCCAACAGGCAAGAGGACUCCAAGUGGCAGGCUGCCACUUCUGGUUCAGCUAUGCCCAUGAUCUCUUAGCCAUCAUCUCGCUCUUCCAAUGCUUCUCAUCAGGAAAUUGUAACCGCUGAUGUUCCUCCUGGCUUUGGUUCUGGUGUUGUUAGGGAUGAUGAUGGCCUACCUGAAUACAAUUCUGUCAGCGUCUCAAACUCAUCUACCUCACGCUUCUGUCCCGAUAGAAGACUGAGCGAGGGAAUUGGUUCGUAAGUAUGGUGACAGACCUUCUGCAGCCCAUCCGUGGAAAGGCGAUGGCAACGAUGAUGAUGACAUGCCAGAAUGGGAUCCGUAUUAUCAAGGGUCUGAUGGCAUGGUAUCCAAUCCACGGCAGUUUUGUGCAAUCUGCAAGCGUCCGUUUUGAUGGUUGCCUCGUCCUACCCGUCGAUUCCAUUGUUAGUUUGUAAGUCCGAGUUGGCUCAGGAUAGAGUGACUCCGAGUCCGAGGUGAGCAUGGAUCGCAUGCCAUCAUGCCGAUCCGAAUUGGCUUAGAAGUUAGAACUGAAGAUCCGGCCGAGAGUUCACCGACCUGCCGAUACCCAUAAAAGGAGUCUCCAGGGCAUACAGGAAGGCAACAACAGCCGCCGCGUCCUCGCAAUCCAGAUCAAGGUGAGCGCGCCGGGAGACCGUCGUCGUGACCGCAAGAAGGAGAGGAGCGCGUCGGGGGCCGCCGUCGUAGCCGCAAGAAGGAGGCGACGAGUGACAAGGAGAUGACGGAGGUGUCGCCGGCGGACGUCUUGCUGGGCAGACUGGGCAGGAAGCUGUCAGCACCUCAGCUCCACUGGGCGUUGCCGAGCCAGGCAGGCGCAAGAUGAAGAAGAUAGAACUAGGUGGCGACUGAGUCAAGGCGAGUAAACGGGCUAAGUUGGGUUGGUGGGCCAUGGGCCGUCUGGGUGCGAGCGUGUGUGUUGUAAUGGGUAUAUAUCCCCACAGUCUGUACUGGUUUGGUAUCGAAAAAGAAGGAAAUGAAAUAGGCUCCGUCCUUCCUCUCC